AACUAAUCUAACAUAUAUAUAUAUGUACAUAUUUUAAGCUUAGUUGUUCUCCCUUUUUAACACAUAAGAACAGGAGGUAUCCAUCCAACCCCCCAUUUCUCCUUUUGCCAAAUAGGACUUAAGAAAGAUUUGUCAGUCAUGGGGGAUACGAUGAUGUAUGGAAUUCCCGACAAGAAUCCCAGACCGGGGCUCGACGAGUUCUCGGAGGAAGAGAAGAAGAAGAAGGCAGGGGGAGGAGGGGGAUCCUUCAAGAAGAAGGUAUCGAACAAGUUCCGAAACUCCCUGACGAUGACGAAGAAGGGUCGCCGGAACAGCAGGGUGAUGUCGGUUUCGAUCGCCGACGAGAUCGACGCCGAGGAGCUGAGGGCCGUGGACGCGUUCAGGCAGGCGCUGAUUCUUGACGAGCUUCUUCCGAACAGGCACGAUGAUCACCACAUGAUGCUCAGGUUCCUGAAGGCGAGGAAGUUUGAUAUUGAGAAGGCCAAGCAGAUGUGGUCGGACAUGAUCCAGUGGAGGAAGGAGUUCGGUACCGAUUCUAUCAUGGAGGAUUUCGAGUUCAAGGAAGUAGAUGAAGUGUUGCAGUACUAUCCACAAGGGUACCAUGGAGUCGACAAAGAUGGCCGGCCUGUGUACAUCGAGAAGCUCGGGGAAGUCGACGCCAACAAGCUGGUUCAGGUCACGUCGUUGGACCGAUACGUGAAGUACCAUGUUCAGGAGUUCGAGAAGGUGUUCACUUACAAGUUCCCAGCUUGCUCCAUUGCUGCUAAGAAGCACAUCGACCAGAGCACCACCAUCAUUGAUGUUCAAGGAGUUGGGCUUAAGCAGUUCACCAAAACAGCCAGGGAGCUCAUCAGCAGGAUUCAGAAGAUCGAUGGUGACAACUACCCUGAGACGCUGAACAGGAUGUUCAUCAUUAAUGGUGGAGCUGGGUUCAGGCUUCUGUGGAACACUGUAAAAUCGUUUCUGGACCCCAAGACUGCUGCCAAAAUCCAUGUUCUUGGGAACAAGUACCAGAGCAAGUUGCUUGAAGUGAUUGAUGCUAGUGAGCUGCCAUCAUUCUUUGGAGGCACCUGCACUUGUGCUGACAAGGGUGGCUGCAUGAGAUCCAGCAAGGGCCCGUGGAAUGAUCCUGACAUCCUCAAGAUGGUUCAAAAUGGCGAGGGUAAAUGCCACAGGAGGACAUUGUCAGGGAUUGAGGAGAAGUCCAUCCCUGAAGAUAAGGAGACCAUCAUCAAGGUCUCCAGCAAUGAAGCGGAGGACCUCAAACCCUAUCCAGUUCCUGAGGAUCCACUGUAUUUUCAGCUUCCCAUCGUCAACAUGAUGAGCAAGAUCACCCCAGAUGAGUAUGAGAAGUCGAUCCAAGUAUUCGAGAAGACGAUAGAUGCUAACUGGAAACCUUCUCCAGGAAAGGGUAAGCAUGACGGUACCAUUGUUCCUGCAAACGGGAAGCACAUGAUGGGCGGGGUCAUGGCCGUGGUGAUGGGAGUGGUGUCGUUGAUCCGAAUGACAAAGACAAUGCCGAGGAAGCUGACCGAGGCAGCCAUCUACGGCAGCAAGACCUACUACUCUGACUCGCUCAACGACCCCGCAGCUGUUGCAGCUGGUACUAGUGGCUUCACUGAGUCCUCCAUCACCACCUCGGACUACAAGAACAUGAUGCUGCGAAUGGCCGAGGUGGAAGACAAGCUGAACGUUCUCUGCUCAAAGCCCGACGGGAUCCCUCCUGAGAAGGAGGCCAUGUUGAUCAAUGCCAUUAGCCGUGCUGAAGUCCUCGAGAAGGAGCUCUGUGCAACUAAGAUGUUGCUUGUGGAGGCUAUGGGGAAGCAGCAAGAACUCCUGGCUUACAUUGAGAAGAAGAACAAGAAGAAGAAGAGGCAUUUCUUCGGGUUCUGAACGAGGAAUUAGUUGCUCCAUGACAAUGGCUGAUUGAGGAUGUGAUGCUACAGAUCAUUUUUACCUUCUAUUAUGUACUUUUUUGGGUUCUUGGGGAAUCUCCAUGACUGACUAAGUCCUUUUGGCUUCAAGAUUGCUGCUUUGCUCUGUAUAUUAUUAAGUUAAUCUCUUCAAAAGCUUUGCAUAGGGCAGCAUUGUAAUGAAUUGUUACAACAUCUUGUAAUCGGAUGAAAUGGAGGGUUCUUUGAAUAUUAUUGAACAACAGCCUGCCAAGUCACAAAUGGUUCUACCCUGAAAGAAUUUAUCUUUUGAUCUCCUGUCUAUUCUCAUUCUUACUUAGACAGACAGAACUUUGAAUAAGAAGUUCCAAGUAACAAUAUAAUCUACUUGGUUCAGUUUUCGCUAA